UUGUGCAUGUACAGGUGUGUUUGCACAUGUGUACAGGAACAUGGGGAAGCUAACAGUCAACCUUGACCAUUGUUCCUCAGGUACUGUCACCCUUGGUUUAUCUUUUGGGGUUUUUUUUGGGGGGGGUUACAUUUAUUUGUCCAUCAUGCAUGCUCAUGUACACAUACAUGCACAUACUAAGUUCUGUCUGGAGAUCAGAACACAGCUUGGGGAAGUCAGUCUCACCUUCCACCGCGAGAUUCCAGAGAUCAAACAAGCCGUCUUCCCAGGCCUGCCUCGCUGUCUUCUGAGACAGGCCUCUAACUGGGACCUAGGGCUCCCUGUUAGGCUAAUCUGUCCCACCAGUGCACCCCAGAGACCCGUCUGUCUUUGCCUCCCCAGGGCUGGGAAUGUGCACCACCAUGCCCUGCUCUUUUUUCUGCCGGAUCCGGGAAUUGAACUCUGGUCCUUUGGUUUGCAAGGCAGACACUUUACUGACUGAGCCGUCUCCCUCACCCCUACUUAAAGACUCAUUUUUUCAGUACUAGAGAUAGAAACCAGGGCCUCACCCAUACUAGGCAGACUCUACCAGACUUCUUCUGUCCUGUGUGUCGAUGAGGUUUGUCCCCGGGUGUAGGGGUGGGUGUAGAACUGUUUCCCGGUGGAAGUUAAGGGAGGGAGGUCGGGUUGGUAGGUCGGGAGCUCCAGUGUGUUCCCUCUGUUCCCCUAGGGUUUCUGUUCCUGGCUGACAGCCAUCUUCAGGAUAAAGGAUGACGAGAUCCGGGACAAGUGCGGGGGCGACGCUGUGCACUACUUGUCCUUCCAGAGACACAUCAUCGGGCUGCUGGUCGUCGUGGGCGUCCUCUCCGUGGGCAUCGUACUGCCUGUCAACUUCUCAGGGGACCUGCUCGAGAACAAUGCCUACAGCUUCGGGAGAACCACCAUUGCCAACUUGAAAUCAGGGAAUAAUCUCCUCUGGCUGCACACCUCCUUUGCUUUCCUGUACCUGCUGCUCACCGUCUACAGCAUGCGGAGACACACCUCUAAGAUGCGCUACAAGGAGGACGACCUGGUCAAACGGACUCUCUUCAUCAAUGGAAUCUCCAAAUAUGCAGAGUCAGAAAAAAUCAAGAAGCAUUUUGAGGAGGCCUACCCCAACUGCACGGUGCUGGAAGCCCGGCCCUGUUACAACGUGGCUCGUCUUAUGUUCCUUGAUGCCGAGAGGAAGAAGGCUGAGCGGGGAAAACUGUACUUCACGAACCUGCAGAGCAAGGAAAAUGUACCCACCAUGAUCAACCCCAAACCGUGUGGCCACCUCUGCUGCUGUGUGGUUCGAGGCUGCGAGCAGGUGGAGGCCAUUGAGUACUACACAAAGCUGGAGCAGAGGCUGAAGGAAGACUACAGGCGGGAGAAAGAGAAGGUGAACGAGAAGCCACUUGGCAUGGCCUUCGUCACCUUCCACAACGAGACCAUCACAGCCAUCAUCCUAAAGGACUUCAACGUGUGUAAAUGCCAGGGCUGUGCCUGCCGUGGGGAGCCGCGCGCCUCUUCCUGCAGCGAGGCCCUGCAUAUCUCCAACUGGACCGUGACCUAUGCCCCUGACCCCCAGAACAUCUACUGGGAGCACCUCUCCAUCCGAGGCUUCAUCUGGUGGCUGCGCUGCCUCGUCAUCAAUGUGGUCCUCUUCAUCCUGCUCUUCUUCCUCACCACCCCAGCCAUCAUCAUCACCACCAUGGACAAGUUCAACGUCACCAAGCCUGUGGAGUACCUCAAUAACCCCAUCAUCACUCAGUUCUUCCCCACACUACUGCUGUGGUGUUUCUCGGCCCUGCUUCCCACCAUCGUCUACUACUCGGCCUUCUUCGAAGCACACUGGACACGUUCCGGGGAGAACAGGACCACAAUGCACAAGUGCUACACCUUCCUUAUCUUCAUGGUGCUGCUCCUGCCCUCGCUGGGGCUGAGCAGCCUAGACCUCUUCUUCCGCUGGCUCUUUGACAAGAAAUUCCUGGCCGAGGCAGCUAUUCGGUUUGAGUGUGUGUUCCUGCCGGACAACGGCGCUUUCUUCGUGAACUACGUCAUUGCCUCAGCCUUUAUCGGUAACGCCAUGGACCUGCUGCGUAUCCCGGGCCUGCUCAUGUACAUGAUCCGGCUCUGCCUGGCGCGCUCCGCCGCCGAAAGACGCAACGUGAAGCGGCAUCAGGCCUACGAGUUCCAGUUUGGCGCAGCCUACGCUUGGAUGAUGUGCGUCUUCACGGUGGUCAUGACCUACAGUAUCACCUGCCCCAUCAUCGUGCCCUUCGGACUCAUGUACAUGCUGCUGAAGCACCUGGUAGACAGGUACAAUCUCUACUACGCCUACCUGCCGGCCAAGCUGGACAAGAAGAUCCACUCGGGGGCUGUGAACCAGGUGGUGGCGGCGCCCAUCCUCUGCCUCUUCUGGCUCCUCUUCUUCUCCACCAUGCGCGCGGGAUUCCUGGCCCCCACGUCUAUGUUCACCUUCGUUGUCCUGGUCAUCACCAUCGUCAUCUGUCUCUGCCACGUCUGCUUCGGACACUUCAAAUACCUCAGUGCCCACAACUACAAGAUUGAACACACAGAGACAGAUGCCGUGAGCUCCAGAAGUAACGGACGGCCCCCCACUGCUGCCGCCGUGCCCAAAUCUGCGAAAUACAUCGCUCAGGUGCUGCAGGACUCAGAGGGGGACGGGGACGGGGACGGGGCUCCUGGGAGCUCAGGCGACGAGCCUCCGUCGUCCUCCUCCCAAGAUGAGGAGUUGCUGAUGCCGCCCGACGGCCUCACGGACACGGACUUCCAGUCAUGCGAGGACAGCCUCAUAGAGAAUGAGAUUCACCAGUAAGGGGAGGGAGGGGCCCUGGAGGCCACGCCCUGCCCCUGCACCCACCCCCCGACGGACACUAAAAAACAAAACGCUAAUAAUUUAUUAGAACUAAAGCCCCCCCCUCCUCCUCCCCUGUCUCCUGCUUUCAUUAAGGUAUUUAAACCUGGGGAUUUCACUGCUCUCCCCCACCAUGGAGGGAGGGAGCCCCCCAACCUCAGUGAGGACAGCCCCGAGCAGGCCCCGGGGCAAAGAGGGGUGUGGAAGGGAGUCCCCGCCCAGAUCACCCUCACCACCCAGUAGUGUGCCCAGGAAAGGGUUAAUGAGAGCCAAGGUGGGUACCCGGUGCCGUGGCUGGAGGCCUGAGGAGACCGAGCACAUCUGUAGCUGCCCCCCAGUUCUUUCCUCUCUUCCCCGCCCCUGGAUCUGGGCCUCCAGGGACAUGAACUGCAGCCCCCUGGGAUGCAGGAGAAGAGAGGGAGGGGUAGAGUGGGAGGGAGGGUCAGGCCUGAGCCGGGGUGACCUGGAGGGGCGUGCCUGACACUGGAAAAGGGGGUUUUGCACUGGGUUUGUUUUUUGUUUUUGUUUUUGUUUUCCUUUAAUAAAAACAAAAGCUCCAA